UGUGCGCCGAGACUGAGAGGGGAAUAAGAAAGAGGGGCGAGGGGGGGAGUGUCUGCGUGAACGGGAGUCACAACUCUGGUGUGCGAUCGUCUGAGUCUGAGGGUAAAACAAGGAGAACGAGCAGACGCGGCUGCUGCUACUUGUGUCGUCCGCUGAAGCCGCGGUGACGCUCGCCACGUCUGAGCCCCUCUCCUGUUGGACUCAGCCGGAGCUCUCUGCCGCUCUGAGCUGCCGCUGGCUCUUGAGUGUGCGAGUCUGUGAAUGGGAUGCCGCGAAGAUGUGCUCGCUGAGGGGUGACUGAUGAGAACCGGAGCUCCGGUGUGGAUGGUGACCCCCCUGUGUCCGUGCCACCGCUACUCGGGGAGAUUUGGGCGCCUGGCGUUUCCACGACGACUAUAAUGGGCUGCAAUCUGUGCACUUUACAGAAGCGAGAGGAACACUACAAGCUGCUGUAUGAGAUUGCACAGGUGAAUGGGAAGGAGUUGUCCAAAUCCAGCCACGAUGAGACUGUGGAGGCCUUCCGAGCUGCGAGGGACCCCGUCGUGGUGCAGGUCAUCAGGCGUACCCCGAGCGGCCGCCCCCACGGCCCCCCUCAGGAAAUCCAUGUGGUGGAUGUGUGCACUCAGACCGACAUCACCUUUGAACACAUCAUGGCGCUGGCAAAGCUCCGGCCUUCAACCCCUCCUGUGCCUGACGUCUGUCCCUUCCUGCUCUCUGACAGCUGUCAUUCCCUUCAUACAAUGGACCAAGAUUACUACGAAGGUACCGACUACCUCUCCCCCGUCCCAGCUGACGGAGACAGAAUGGAGGAGUUUGAGUACGAGGAAGUCGAACUUUGUCGUCUCAGCUGUCAUGAAAAACUAGGCCUCACUCUGUGCUAUCGAACGGAUGAAGAAGAGGAUGUGGCCAUCUAUGUCAGUGAGGUCAGUCCGAACGGCAUUGCCGCCAGAGACGGACGGAUCCGAGAAGGGGACCGAAUCUUACAGAUAAACGGCAAUGAUGUGCAAGACAGAGAAGAAGCAAUGGCUGCUCUCUCCAGUGAUGACUUCAAGAACAUCGUACUACUGGUCGCCCGACCUGAGAUGCAGCUGGAAGAGGCUUGGCUGGAUGAUGAGCAUAGUGAGUUCCUGGAGCAGCUGAAGAUGGAAAUGUUGGAGGAGCAGCGGAGAGAGGAGAUGGAAUUAGCUGCAUUACAAGAAGAACAGGAAAAGCAGCAGAGAUCCGAAGAUGACAAGCCUUCCUGUUCAACAUUUUCUUACUCAAGAGACAGCCUGCAAAGUCUGAAAGAGACAAAGGAAAACUCAGACCACAACGUCUUAGCCCAAAUCCAGAGACGCCUGUCCCGGUGCCUACGGGACAGUCAGGACUCCCAUUGUACCAGUGGUAGCAAGCGACUGGAGGACAAAGACGAUGAGGACAAUGAUGAGUCAGAGGGAGAUCGUUUCCAGCAACUUUUGGAGCUAAAAUGUCAGAUACGCAACAGUGGCGAGUACGACCUUUUCUACAGCCGCCGCAGUACUAUUGAGUGCAGCAUGGCAGAACAGAGCGAUGUGCAACAUGAGCUGCGUAUGCUAAAUGAGGAGCUACGCAGUAUUGAACUUGAGUGUCAGAACAUUAUGCAGGCCCAUAAGCUGCGCAAGAGUCAGCAAUCUCCCUUAAUGGGACGUUCUGCACCCUCCAUCAAAAGUCAACGCCCCAAACAUGGAGAGUCUGUUAAGGGGAAGCUGGGGGACAUUAAUGAGAGGAUGGAAAAGUCUGACAAGGACAGCUCCAGUGCCUACAACACUGCCGAGAGUUCUCGGAGCACACCCUUGGCAAUGGACCGCUCCCCAGAGCACUCUCUCCAGAGAAUGGUCAGUCUCACCAACCAGAGGAACCUCUAUGGCGGCUUUGCUGCCGGUCACUCACCGAGCCCAAGCCCCUUACCGACCUGCAGAACCCCCGUUCUGGGCAAAAGCAGCAGCCCCGACCACAGUAACCCUUCAGAGUCAGAUCAGACACCUCAGGCUGAGGAGGAGGGUAAAAGAAAGUUAAAACAAUGCACUUCCCGGAUUCCUUACUUCUCUCCUUCCCACACAUCCCAGCAGAGGCAGGCCAACAUUCCAGCCCAUGCCCGUCACUACCAGAGCUACAUGCAGCUGAUCCAGCAGCGUUCAGCUGUUGAGUACGCUCAGAGCCAGCUCAGCCUGCUUAGUGUCUGCAAAGAGCCUCAGAGACCCAUUAAUGAACCCAAGAUGGAGUGGAAAGUUAAGAUCCGCAGCGAUGGCACCCGCUACAUCACCAAGAGGCCUGUGAGAGACAAGAUCCUGAGGGAGCGGGCCUUGAAGAUUAAAGAGGAACGCAGUGGGGGGAUGACGACGGAUGACGAUGCAAUGAGUGAGAUGAAGAUGGGGAGGUACUGGAGUAAAGAGGAAAGGAAACAGCACCUGGUCAGGGCAAAAGAACAGAGGAGAAGACGAGAAUUCAUGCAGCGUAGUCGGCUGGAAAGCUUGAAGGAGAACCCUCAGAGCAGCAGCGAAGGUCGAAAGGAAGUCAGUAUUAUAGAGCUCAGCCACAAGAAGAUGCUGAAGAAACGCAAUAAGAAGAUUUUGGACAAUUGGAUGACCAUCCAGGAGCUGAUGACACACGGCACUAAGGCCCCCGAGGGAGCAAAGGUGCAUAAUGCCUUCCUCUCAGUCACUACUGUAUAGGACAGAGACAGCCUACAUUCUACCCCAUGUGGUAAAACAUACUUGCCUCGUUCAAUGCGGCAUUUUUAAGUGGUAGGUCGGAGGAACACUUUUCACUCUUUGUAUCCCAAAAAGCAUUUUUAAAGAGUUUAUUUGUGGCGUCAUGACAUUUUUGUGAUGUUUUUUCAAAACAGUUUCUCACAUAAUCUGGGAAACAUGGCAUUUUCUAAGAAACUCUGACAAUUAUUUUAAUACUUCACUCUGAACAUGUCUAUCUUUUCAAUUCUAUUUUCAUAUUUAUGUUGAACUUUAUAUCUCACGGUGGUUGUUUGACAGUAGGUAAUUUUUCCUUUACCUAUGUUUUCAAUGCUGUCUUGUAGUCCAUAGAUUUUAUAUGCCUAAAUUCUGGAGCUGAAGCCGAUCAGAUUCCUCUGUGCUGCUGGCAGGUUUCUGAAAAGAUGUUCCUCACCAAGUAUAAAAAAGUGCAGUUGGUCAAAGGUUUAACUGAGCUACAUUAACAGUUUGAUUACUAAAGUGCUUUUAAAUUAUGGUAAUGGCUGGAAGUGAGCAAGUAACAAUCACUUAAUUAAAGAGAUUCAUAAAAAUGGUCUUCUGAUGCUGUUUCACGGUAAAUUUUAGUAUUUUUUCAAUUUUGCCCAUUAAAUUCCAACUAAAAUUUAUGUUGUAAAUUGUAAUUAUUAAUAUAUGUAUAGCUACAAAUGUUUUUCAUAUGCACAGUGCUCUCCACAAUUAUCAGCACCCCUAGUAAAGCUAUACUGAACAAUGGAUGUUUAUAAUAAAUUUGGGUCUAGAGGUUUUAAUGAUCUUAAGCUAACAGUCUUUACCGUAGUUCUGUAACUGUGACUUAUUUUAAAAAUGUUUUACUUUGAUGACAUCCUAAGAUAAUGAAGUUUUGUUUGUCUCAAUUUAAGCUUUAAACUUCUUAAAUUGUUGUUCUAAAGCUACUGUAGUUAAGCUAAGGCUAGAAGCCAUUUUUUAUUUCCUGGUUUCUAUAAAUCCACACACACCCUGCCUUUCUUGAAUGGACAUGCUCUCCUAUCCUCCCUGUUUUGAGGAGUGGUUAAUGGAAACUGACCACAUGUUAUGAAUAGACGUUUUGGAAGCUCUUAUAAAUUAACCAACACCAAAGUUUAAAUUAAAAGAAUGAGUCAGUUGUGUUUAUUUUACAGGAGUUCAGAUGGUGCCAAUAAUUUCUCAACAUAGGGUAGGCUUUUGCUACUGAAUGAAUAUACUUAAAUCUAAUAUUGGGGUUUUUUGUGUGUGUGUACCAGGUUUUUAUAUCCUUAUGGGAACCUAUUCCUGUCCACAAUGUGGGGUUAUUGGGACCAUUGCUCCCUGUGGGGACAUUUUCUUGGUCCCCAUGAGGGAAAUUGUUGUUUUUGGGUUAGUGGUUAGGUCUGUGAUGGUUAGGUUUAGGGUAAAGGUUAAGGUAAGGGUUAGGUAUGUGAUGGUUAAGUGGUUAGGCUGUAGAAAUGUAUGAAAGUCAAUGUGAAGUCCCCACAAGUGAUGAAAACACGACUGUGUGUGUAUAAUUAUUUUUCUGCAACCUUAAUAAAUUCGGUUUAAAGAUUUUGGUAAGUCUUUACGUGGGGUGCCAGUAAUUGUGAGAAGCAACAAAUCUUUUCAAACAAACUAGAUUUGCACUCAGCUUUAAACUGGCGAAAUUUCAGUUUAAUCAGCCAUCAUUUUUGCAAUGUUAGGAAUGCUCUUUGAUCAUUUGAGAUCCAAUGUUUACAAAAAGAAUGUUAUUCCUUAUUUUACAGACAAACUAUUUUGAUGUCCAAUCUGUACCCCCUUUAUUAGAAGGCCAUCACAUCCCAAAGGACGACGUACAAAAAUAUUAGGCAGACUCUUCCACUUAUUCAGAAAUUCUUAUUCAGACAUUUUUGUCGUUAAACUAUUGGAGAAAACCAAAGCAGCCUGAGAAAAAUCCAGCUAAGCACUUCUAUGCUUUUGACAUAGCUUUUUAGGUUUGCAGUAGGUGCAGUAGUUUAAAAAAAUGAACACACAAAUAUGUUCUAAAAUUUGACUUCUUAUUUUCCUUUUCAAAGUUUUUACGAAAUAAUAGGAAUAAAAAUCAAUCAAAAGGCUUCAAAGCCGCUAUUUCUAGUCUCAUACUAAUUCAGCUCAUUUAAAUUCCUCAGAGCGCUAGUUUACAUACCUCAACUGAGAAAGUGCAUCAGAAAGCACUGAGGUGAUUGAAACUCUAUUUCACAAAAGCAUGCAGCAGUUACCAAGAGAUGAAACACUCUUCAUCAUGCAUAUUACAUAUCAAUCUGUAGGGAUUGUUUAGUCUCUGGAUCCAUCUUUUUUUUUUGUUUACUUUGCCAAACAGAUGGGUUCUUGCAAAAAUAUCAGGAAAAAAAACCCAUCCGCUUUGAUCAGAAAAGCACAUCAAACAGCACCUGAGCAGAACAGCAGAGGAGUUUUCAAAACGGCAUUAAGUCGUUCUUCGGACUAGACUCGGUUUUCAGUGUGGUUUCUUGUUUAUCUUUUAGAAGCUCAUUAAAAUUCUGAAACUGUGAUCAACUAGUUGUUAAAGUACAUUUGUUAUUUUUUUAUGUUUAAAAUUUCAAAAUGAAACUGAAAUUUUUACCUUUAAAAAUCUGUUUUUAAGCGGUCAUAUUUUUGUUUUAUUUUGUUUUAUAUAUAUAUAUAUAUAAACAUAUUCAAGAACAGAUGAACAUGACUGUUCCUUUUACAUGCUGGGAUUUUUUAUACAUCAAUUUAAAUCUCUUUUACUCAUAGCCUUAAAAACUCUAACCUCAAUGAUGCAUUGGUUGGUUGAUCUUAUUUUCCAUGCAAACAAGAAUCAUUUGUUCAUCUCUGUAUCUGAGAGUUUUUUUUCCCUGCCUUAUUUACAAUAUAUCAUGUACAUUUGGAGUAUUUGGUUACUGGAUAUGUUGAAAGACUUUCUAACGGUGUUUCUGAAUUAUGUUUGCAGUUAGGUUUAAGGGGCACAUAUCAUUUUUUUUUCCAACUUUAAAUUUUCAAACAUACUCAGGUUUAUAGCUCAUGAAAUAUGUACAGUAAAUGGUUGCUAGGUCCAAACUGGAGAAAGAAAAUAGAAAAAUAGUGAAAGAGAGACACCAAAAAGAAGGCUGCCAGGAACGUAGCCAAAAUUUGCUUAAGAGUGAUGAUGUUAUGUCUGGAACACUGAAUUGGGCAUUAAUGCAUUACACGAUGAUCCCCAAAGAAAAUAAAAUCAGUGGUAGAAUAAGUUAGGAAGAGAUGGUCGGAAGGAAUUUUGCCUUAGCAUUGGUACUUUGGAGACGUCACAAACUGGCACCCUACCAAAGGAUUUAAAAGGUUUAUUUGCCAAAUCUCAUCUGCCUGUACUUGGCCACAGUGGUGAAUUACCCCUUUUAACAAAAACUAAAAAAAAAGAUUUUGGCAGUCUAGCAAUCCUGACAAACAAUGAAAUUGUGAUCUGUACGAGCAUCAGCACUGUGACCAUGCAGUGGACGUCAGAAACAUGGUGUCAGUGGAUGAAAUAGAUAAUGUCUUGCUAUUCUAUAAAUCAUCUGACAUCCAUUUCAAAGACAUUUGACAUCACUUUUAAGACGUCACCUAAAUGCUGCAAGUUAAUUUUCUCACGCCAGCACAUCCCUAAAAAUUAAAUCAGGCUAACUCGUAAGAUGGAUGGGAAAGAAAGUAAAAUACUGAUUCAUUUUCAGUAUGUCGUUGCUAAAGUGGGCUGCUUGAGGAGAAGAUCCUCCCCUACCUUUUUUUUUGAAGAAAAUUAAGUGUGCUUAAUCUGUUUUAUUUGUCAGAUUUCAUCAGUUUCUCUUUAAAACAGUCUUGCUCUGUUAUUCCAGACGAUGCAUGAUCAUCCAUAUUUGGAAGUGCCUUUCUAUUUUACAGACGAAUUCUAGCAAAGGCUCUUUUUGCCUCAAGAAAACUGUGUCUUUGAAUAAUAAUUGUUUGGAAAAACAAUGGAAAGGCUGAUUGGGAGUUGUAUUUGUUCCACACUUUAAAGAUGUUUAGCUUUUCUGGCUCUAAAAUGUUAUGAUAUUUGCCCUUUAAACUGGUGUUUGGAUGAUUGCCACUGAGCAGGACUCAGAACACUUUAGAACCGUGGAAGAGACAUUUCUUUUUUUUUUUUUUUUUUUUUUUUACCGAACGUCUUUAUAGUUCAGUAUUAAGUGCAGUGCUCAUUGAAAUGCCUCAUUUUGAACUGACGUAUUGUAAAUUUUAAAUUUAAAACUGUACGUUUUGGAUUAGUGUCUGAUGGAGUAAUGCAUACGUGACACAUUUGUAGCAAGGUGAAAUGUGCGAUGAUGGUGAUCUUUGCAAAAGAAAUGACAAUAAAUUAUUGUUUUUUGGUAUGACAUUGGACUAAAAUGUAUGCUUUUGUGUAUUUAGGCACAAGUAAAGGAUUAAAAGUG